AUGGAAGAGGUUGCCAAAAGAGCACGACUCGCCGGUCAGAGCCUCGCAGGUUCUAGCGGGAGCCUCAGGAACCAGGCUUUAGCGGCCUUCAAGAAGCACCUGGUGGAGAAUCGAGCUAUGAUCGAAGAGGCAAACGCCCAAGACAAGGCAGAGGCCGAAGCUGCCGUCAAAGCAGGCAAGCUGUCCAGUUCGCUCUUCAAGCGCUUGGACGUUAGUGGCGCCAAGUUUGACACUCUCUUGAAGGGCAUUGAUGAGAUCUUGAGCCUGCCAGACCCGCUUGGCCAGGUGACCUAUGCAAACAAAGUUGCGGAAGGUCUGGACUUAUACCGGCUGACAUGUCCGAUCGGGGUUCUCCUCAUCAUUUUCGAGGCUCGACCGGAUGCCGCUGUUCAGAUUGCAUCCCUGGCUAUGAAGUCUGGCAAUGCCCUGCUCCUCAAAGGUGGCAAGGAGGCACAACGAUCCAAUGCAGCCCUUGUGACCGCAAUGUCUGCAGCUUUGCAAGAUGUCGGCCUUCCUGCAGAUUGUGUUCAAGGGGUUGACACCCGCACAGAAGUUGCGGAGCUCUUAAGGCAGGACAAGUACAUCGACUUGGUCAUUCCAAGGGGUUCCAACGAGCUGGUCAAGUCUAUCAAGGAUUCCUCCCGCAUUCCUGUUAUGGGCCAUGCAGACGGAAUCUGUGCUGUUUAUGUCGACAGCAAGGCGGACUUGGAGAAAGCCGUGAAAAUCGUCGUCGACUCCAAAACGCACUACUGCGCGGCGUGCAACUCUAUGGAGACACUUUUGGUGCAUGAAGAUGUGGUGCAAUCUUUCCUGCCAAAGCUCGCAGCAGCGUUGGAAGGAAAGGAGGAUGUGCAUUACAAGGCAGAUGCGACAUGUUUACCUCUUUUGCCUGCAGCUCUUUCCGAACCAGUGGCGGAAGAUGAUUUUGACACUGAGUUCCUGUGCCACACCAUGGCUGUCAAGGCAGUUGCUUCUGUCCAAGAAGCGAUUGAGCACAUCAACAGCCACAGCUCUGGGCAUACGGAGAGCAUCGUGACGGAAGACCCCGUGAUUGCCGAAACCUUCCUCAGUCGGAUAGAUUCGGCGGGUGUCUACCACAACUGCUCGACGCGAUUUGCCGAUGGCUUCCGCUAUGGCUUUGGAGCAGAGGUGGGCAUAUCCACAAAUCGAAUCCAUGCACGAGGUCCCGUCGGACUUGAGGGCUUGGUGAUCCACAAAUACCGAAUGUAUGGAGCUGGCCACACUGCAGCAGGAUUCUCAGGCACAUCUCCCGAGCAUGUGUUCCUGCAUGCCCCGGUGCCUGGAGUGGCACGCGUUGACGACAUCCCGCAGGCGCAGAAAGCCAGAGCAUAA